AUGAGUAACGUACUAUUAACACCGGCAGCUGAGCAACGGAAAUUGCUAGAGCAGUUGAUGGGAAGAGAUACCAACAACGCUCAUAAUAGUCGAUAUAAACAUAACAUUAAGAGAAGGGAAAUGAGUUUAUAUGAUCCAAAGAUUUGUAAGGCAUAUCUUGUUGGUGAUUGUCCAUAUGAAUUAUUUCAAGGAACGAAACAGAGUUUAGGCAGGUGUCCGCAACUUCACUUGGCUAAAUAUAAAUUAAAAUAUGAAAGUGAGAAGAAGAAAGGUGUUAAUUUUGAUGAAUUUGAAAAGGAAUAUUUUAUGGUGCUAUCAAAAUUUAUUAACGAUUGCAACGGUCAGAUUAAUAUUGCCCUAAAGAAUUUAGAACAUACAGCAGAAGAAAGAGGGAAGAUAAAAGCUGCUACUGAAGAAUUAGAUGUACUAGAUUCGAAAAUAGGCUUGAUGGAGCAAGAAAUCGAAUCCUUAAUAAGCGUAAAUGAGGUCACAAAAGCAAUGAUACAAUCAAUAAAGUUACAAGAGAUGCAAGAACGAAGAAAGCUCGUUGCAAAAAAGGUGAAAAAUAUUACUGAGAAUGUAGGGCAGAGUGCACAACAAAAAUUACAAGUUUGCGAGGUAUGUGGGGCCUACUUAUCAAGAUUAGACACAGAUAGAAGGUUGGCAGAUCAUUUUCUUGGAAAGAUUCAUUUGGGUUAUGUUAAAAUGAGAGAGCAUUAUGAUUAUUACAAGAAAAAAAAGUUCCAGAAAUUAUGA